AUGAUGUCUUCAAAAUCGCCAGCAAUUAAAUUUAGUCCCUUCGAAGCAUUAUUAAUUGGUGAAAAAAAUAAAAUAUUAAAACGUCAGCCGGGAAAAAAUACAAUAUUCGUAUCGAAAAUACAUCAGGAAAAUAAAAAAUUUAAUUUAAGGGAUUUAUUCGAUAUUGAAAAAGAUGAUAUCAAGUCUGAAAAUGAAGAAGGUGUAAUAUUUAAAAUGCCUCAAAGGGCUUGUGAUAAAAGACAUAAAGAAAACAAAUUGUCAUCAUGCAAACAAGCAUUUGUUCAGAGGUAA